AAGGGAAAAAAACACCAAGCGAAGAAGAGGAAGAAGAAGGCGAAGCAGAGGGAGACGGAGGAGAAGAAGAAAGUCCAGCUACACGAAGUGUGAGAAAGCGACGGCUACACGGAGAGAACAAUGGGAGUUCAUGUCGAAACACUAAAACCCGGCGACGGAAGGAGUUUCCCGCAGAAGGGAUGUGAUGUCCAGGUGCACUACGUUGGAAGACUGACAAACGGAGAGAAGUUCGACUCCUCCAGGGACCGGGGGAAGCCCUUCAACUUCAAGAUUGGCCAGAACCAAGUCAUUCGUGGUUGGGAUGAAGGUGUCGCUCAGAUGAGCGUCGGCCAGGUGGCGAGGCUGACCUGCACGCCAGACUACGCGUACGGCGCCAGCGGAUACCCGCCCGUCAUCCCACCCAACGCCACUCUCGUCUUUGAAGUGGAGCUUCUCAGAUGUAAUUAAGCUGAUGGUUGCUAUUCAGUUUCUAUUUUUUUUUUUUCAUUACGCCCACGUCCCUUUCACAAAUAACUGCUUAAUUAAAGGUGCUGUGAGAUGCAUUUUAUAUACAUGGAUAAAUCAUUGUAGAAGUAAUUUUGAUAUCCUGGUAUAAAAGAAACAAUUGACAGAACAAUCAUGCUCAUGCUGGUGGUGUAGUUGCCUCCAAGAUUAAAGGACCUUAAAGGAAUGGCACAUUAUAGGAAAAUCGUGAGUCAUAUAAUAUCAUGUCUUGCCUCCAUCCAAAAGGCCAAAGUGUCAGAAUGACGUGGUUCUAAGGGGAGUUAUGUGCCAUACUGUUUCUUAACCGUCCGCGGUAACAGACAGUUCAGGCUAACAGCCCAGUUAACCUGCUGCCGUCUGUAGCCUCAUAUUUACCAUACAGACAAGAGCGGUAUUGAGCUCAUCAUGUCCUGUAGCUCCCGGCAGGAAAGCGUCAUCUAAAUGUGAAAUUAUUCAAACGUGUUAAGUAAACAUCCAGGAUUUAUUUGGCCUUUCGUUUUUUGUAUUUAGCUGUGAAAUAGCACAAACUAUCUUAAUGUAAUGGGAGAAAAAAAAGAGGAAAAACAGUGGCACUUGAUGCAUGUCGGGGAGGCCAAGUGUUUAUCCCAAUGUCUCAAGAGUGGUAUUGAUGAUGAUGAUUUUUUUUAAUGUUAAAAAUGCUCAUGCAACACCUUUUUAAUAAAAAGCUUAUUUGUUUUUUCCCCUCCAGCAUGAAUUUAUCCUUCGGUAGAUGCAUUGAUUUGGCAGCUUAAAACCUUGACACGAUGAAACUAGAUGUUUUGUAUGUGGCUUGUGAUUUAAUUUGUUUUUCCAUCAUUACACAUGUUGCCGUUUAUGAUAUUAAGAACAUAUUUUGAAACCAGAUCCUUAUACUCUUACUCUUGAGUCUGUCAAGCUUUUGGCCUGAAGUGCUCUUGUAUAAUAUCAUGAUUAAUUUCUUUUACCUUUUUUUUCUUCCCCUUGCUGUUUUAAUUCGUUACUGUAUUGUCCAUUAGAAAUGGUCUUUUCUGUGGGUAUUGCAUUCAUGCAUUAAAAACAAACAGUAUACUGUA